AGCCUGAAAAAAUAAUAGACAGAUGGAUGCGUACCAUAUUUAAGUGGCGUGCAAAUCGGGAAGCAAAUUACUAGUGAGUUAUAGCUGGAAAACAGAAUUCAAGGGGAAGCGAUGAAUUCCUGUGAGCUAUACAACAGACAAACGCCUAUAAGAAGUACAACGUGUAAAUACAACGAAGUAAACGCAAAAGGCGAAACACGUCUACAUUUUUCAGCAAAAAAAAAAAACCUUGAUGGUCAAGAUUUCAUAGAAAACUUAUUGACAAAGGGAGUAGACAUCAACGCUCGUAAUAAGUGGGGUCAAACGCCACUCCACUAUGCUGCCAUAGCUGGUUGUUUACAAAAUAUUGAGACCUUGACAAAGUCACCUGGUAUUGAUAUAAAUAGCAGAGAUAUAAAUGGAUACAAUGCCCUUCAGAGUCUGAUUGCUGCAAAUGAUGGUGAAAGCACUGAUUCGGAUGACGAUCUGGAGGACUAUUUGUUUACAAUGGAAAAUUAUCUUGAUCGUGUACAGUCAACAGAUGACAUAAAUGAUAUCGAAAUGCCUGAAAAAACAUUAAGUGUCGAUCUUAGAAAGUCUUUGCAAGUUCUUGUCAACGCCGGAAUUAAUGUGAACAAUCAGACUGUAUAUGGAGAUGGUAUCCUUCAUCUCAUUGCUUUGAGGAAGGAAAACCCACCAUUAUUAAAGUUUUUUAUUUCGAAUUUUCCUGACAUUAGUUUAGAUUUAAUUAACAAAAAAAAUGAAAACUUUUUGCAUGUAUAUGUUUCCGAUGAACGUUUGGAAGAUAUUGUGGAAUUGUUUGAAUGGAUUGCAGAGAAGUACUCAGGAUCUAUUUUGAAGGCAUUGCUAUCCAGUAGAGAUAUCCGUGGGAAAACCCCAUGGACUUUAUUGAUCGGCAAUACAGGUGAAUCUGCAAAUUUUCGAAAAAUGCUUGACUAUGCCGUUUCACCUUAUGUUAAUGAUAACCUGGGAAACACAGUUUUGCAUCAAACUUGUGGUAUUUUAUAUGGACGUUCGCACUCAGAGUUUCUAGAAUAUAUGCUCAAAGUUGGUGCUGACAUAAACGCACAAAACAUGUAUGGAGAACCUGUUUUAUCGCUGACGUUAGAUGAGGAAGUUUUUGAUAUUUUCGUACAGUUCAAUCCUGAUUUUGAAGUUAAAGAUAGAUGGGGUAGAAGUACGUUGAUUUCUAUCAUGAAAUACCGACCUCUUCCAGAUUUCCUUAAAGCUUUGAUGGAAAAAGGGACUGUAAAUGUAAACACUAGAGACAUAUACGGCUCUACACCUCUUCAUUUUGCAGCGUAUCUCAAUUAUGAGGAACAAAUAGAGCUUUUGUUAAAAUAUGGUGCAGAUAUAAAUGCUCGCGAUAAUCUCCAAGAAAGACCCCUGGACACAGCGAAACGACACAAAAGUUUUCGUUGCUUUGCGCUAUUGAAAGCGGACGAUAGAACGGAACAAGGAGAUACCAUAAUAUACACUCGAAUAACAAUGCUUGGAGAUCAGAAGUUCGAAGAGAUUCUUUGUGGACUGCCAGAGACGAUAAUAUCGUCUUGUAUCAAAUCACCACAAGAUGUUCAGACACUACUACAUUUACCUUUGAAUUUAAAAGACUUCAUGAACUACCUUCUUGAAUCGUAUUAUACCAAAAGUCCAAACUACUGCUCUGAAGUAGAUUCUGUUACAUUCGAUGUUAAUAAUCUUGUCACGUCGCUGUGCACUCAAAUUGGAAAAUAUGAUUCUCGAUUUGAAAUGUCAGUUUUUCCUUCUGGAAGCAUGGCUGAAGGAACAAAAAUUGGCCGUCCAGAUGAAUUUGAUUUUAUUUUAUGUCUUGAUAAGUUGAAUGAUAUCACUGACAUUGUUAUGGCAGACAAUUCUAUGAAAAAAGGAUUCGCUUCCCUGAAAUUUAAAAAUUUACCAGAUGUUGACGAAUACUUGCCGUUUACUGAUGCUGAUGGCUAUUUCUUACCUAUUUUAUUUUUGAGGUUAUUCUUUGAAUAUUUGAAAAGAGCACUGAAUGAACCUCAUUUGUGGAAGGAGGGAAAUUUAUACUUUAAUGUUGAAAAUAAAGUAAGGAUAAUAUUCGCUAAACCAGUGUUUACUUUUGAUGUAUAUUGGUUCGGUUCUGUUUACAAACAAUUGAAAAUCAGUAUAGAUCUUGUUCCAGCAGUUUACAAAAGAGGAUGGUGGCCUAAAAAUAUUGAUGUUGAUAAAAUACAUCUCGUUAGUCCAGACAUCAAAGCAGCCGGCUGUUUUCUAACUCUGCAAACAAAAGGGCGCCAAAUUUCUCUAAACAACUCCCACUGUAUAAGCCGAACAUGUAACAGUGAGGACAAUGACGAAGAAUUAGCAAAGAAGAGAUUGUUGCGCAUUUCAGGAGCUCCUGCAGAGAUAUGCCUUAUGAAGUCAUUGCCAAAUGAUUUUCGACAAGCUUAUGUCCUUGCAAAAGUUUUGAAGAACUUAUGUCCUGAUAUUGAUGUUGAAACAAAACAAUACAUGCUGGAGCAAAUGGACCUGGAAUAUGCAAGACCACGUCGCACAAAACCAUCUGAACUGCUUAAAAGCUAUAUGUUAAAAAAUAGCGUGUUUUAUGUGCUGGACGAAUUGAAAAUGAAAAACCAAUUAGAAGAUGGACUUGACAUAUCUGAGAUAACUAUAAAGAUGUACAAUUUUCUUCUUCGAUUUGUUGAUGGUGGAAAAAUGCACAUGCGUCCGUACUUUCUAUCAAAUGAUAUCAAUGUCUUCGAGAAAUCAAGGGAGCUAUCCUUAAACAAAACAUUUAUUUUUCAUAUGCAAAGAGAAUUUAGUAUAAAGCUUGUGCUAGGUAUACUCAAUGCUCAAUUUCCAAGGGAAUGUUUGGCUGCUAAAAUAUUUAAAUUUGGCAAUUAAAUCAGUAGCAUUCUU